AAUUGCGCGGAAACAUGUUUGAAAUAUUUUAUCGCUGGUGUUUGUGUCUUUUCUUUGUUGUUAUUUUAAUUUUUAUGUGUACAGCUCAGGUGGAAAGUCAAAUGAUAUACAAUUCCAAUGAAAAAUGGUAUGAACAUGAAAGAAGAUUGACAGAUUUGGAAGAUCGAAUGAAAAGAUUACAGCUAGAAAAGCAACAAAAUAAACACCUUGUGGGUUUUUCCGUGACUGCUAAGGACGAUAUUGACGAAAAAAUAACAAGAAGCGGACAGAUAAUUAUUCUAAAAAACGUUCUGCUUAAUAUUGGAGACGGGUAUAACUCCACAACAGGAACAUUUACAGCACCCGUGGAUGGAAAAUACGCAUUUUUCAUUUCUGUAGAAGUACAAAGAGGAGACGUGCUUCACGUCUUAUUGACUGUGAAUGACAAAUACGUAUUAGAGGCAAUAGCUGGGGUACGUCAUGCUCCAGACACCGUCACAAGAUAUUACACUGGUGCUAACAUGGCCAUUAUUUCACUGCAAAAGAAUGAUGUUGUGUGCUUGAAGUCACAACAAAUGUAUAUUUAUUCAAACGCAAUACGAAUUCGAUAUUCUGGAAAUAGCUUUUCUGGAUUUUUGAUUCCAUUUCAAUGAUAUCCUGUAUAAUGACUUUAACGUUUUUGACUGGAGGAAUUAGGAGAGCUUUCUUUGUAGAAACAACCUUUGCAGAAUUUUUGUAACCCUCUCUCUCUCUCUCUCUCUCUCUCUCUCUCUCUCUCUCUCUCUCUCUCUCUCUCUCUCUCUCUGUGUGUGUGUGUGUGUGUGUGUGUGUGUGUGUGUGUGAGUGUGUGUGUUUGGUUUUUGCUGUUGUUUUUAUCAAUAUUGCUUUCAUUCAACAAAAGAUUUUAUGUUUAAAGAAUACACAUCAAAAUACAGAAAUAUGAUAUGUCCUUAUAUAAUAAGUGGGUGAAUAUAUGAAUGAUUGUAAAUAUAAUGCUUUUCUUUCCCACCCAGCACUUCCAUAUUAUUUCCGAACACAUAAUGGAGCAUAAUAUUUUUCUGAAAAUCACAUUUCGAGCUAUCAACUCUUUUGUUGACGAUGAAACACAUAACUGGAGUGGUCUAAGUCGGGCAAUUGUCUUCUGAUACUUGUAAUGUUUCAACUGAAACAUUUGACUGUUUAUAGAGUAACACCAUCAUCAUAACAUUGAGAAUAAGAAUUACUGAAGUCAUGUUUAACCGUUUCAUAAAAAUAAUAAUACGGAUUUAGAAUAAAGAAAUUCCACAAAACUUUUCAACGGCCAUUUUAGAUAAAGUUUUAUUGUUUAGCAGCAAGAUGUACAUCAACCUAAACUUUUAUAUAUCUGUGUCUAUUUAAAUAAAGUUCAAAUUUCAUAAAUGUGUAUCAAAACUA